AUGUCUAAUUCGGUAGUCGACUCGCCGCCGCAGCUCCCUGCCGCCGGCGCCUGGGGCUCUCUGUUCACCGUCCAAGAACCCAAGAAACCACGGCAUGUGUCCGUGGUGCCACCAUUCUCUGCCAAGAAGCCGGCGUACGGAGUGAAGCGGAACCUGGAGAUGUGCACCGAGGCGCUAGGGUGCGAGACCGGUGGCGUCGACACAACGGCUUACGACGCCGACGAGGGGACGGAGCGAAAGAGGCGAGCAAGCGCGGAGGAGACGAAAGUGGAGCGGAAGGUGCGCGUGCUGCCCCCGCCGCUGACGACGCUUGCGGCUGGCGCCAGCCGCAUGCGCAUGGUCCACGAGCGGCGGGAAGGGCGGCUGGAGGUGUACGCGGUGCGGGCCUCCGGGAUGGAGGCCGACCGCAGAGGCGGCCGUCUCCGGCUCCGUUUCCUAUCCUGCGACGGCUGCAAUGCCGCCGUGUGCAGCACUGACCAAGAGCCGCAAGAAGCAGAGGAAGACGAGGCAGAGGAGGUUGAUCUGCAGCCGGAGACGGAGUACGUGGUCGCCAAGUACAUGCGCCGCGGGCGGUGCCUGAAGGUGGAGAGCGGCGCGACGGCGGCGAGUUGCGGCAUCAAGUGGGAGCCGGAGCAGGCCGCCGCGUUCUGGGUGGCCAUCACCUGA